UAUUCUGUGGUUGGUUGUGUCGCGUUCGGUCUGCUCUGCUCGUUCAAUUCUGUGAACUUGAAAAAGAACAUUCUAUGCCGAAUAAUGAUAUGAGAAUGAAAUGAAAGGUGUUGGUUGUGUAUUUUUCUCCCUACAACAUUCGACACUCGACUCGCUAUGCAAUUUUGACUCGUGACUUGAUCGUCUUGUACUUGUUUAUUUGCACGGACAUUGAGGAAAAUAACGAAAAUCAUCAUUAUCUGUUCCGGUUUUGAAUAGAAUGCGAUGUGCGCCUUCAAAAAAUCAACAAUAAAUACAGAAAAAUUUGGAGUUGUCGAAAAAACCAAUCCUCUGCCGUGAUUCCUCUAAAAUUUUGUUCAAACUAGAACGUAUAACCGAGUACAUUAGCCAUUUUUCUAAUAGGAUUUAUGGAAGGAACCAGUUUAAUGUAGGAAGUUUCGUCUUGAGAAAUAUCUAAAUAUGGUACAAGAUCUGACCUAGGUAACCUUUGAAUUUGAGGGCUUCAAUAGACAGGAAUGCCAAUGAUGCCCUCAGCGCUGGAGGAGGCAGAAAUUAGUAAUGUUUUCACCUCUUUAGUUAAUCCCACUGGGAUUACCAUAGUACCCUGCAGUCCUACUGCCAAGCCACUCAAGACUAUCACAGAUGUAAAGAACACCUUGCAGCAAGGACGAAAACAGGACUUGAAGUAUAUACUCAGAAACAAUGCCUGGCCUGUUGAUCAUCCAAUACGAAACCAGAUGUGGCCUCUGCUCUGUACACAGCACCAGAAUGAAAAAUCAUCGAAUUCAGUUGAAGGAUUUUACUGGGAAAUGGUCAGACAGGUAUUUGGAACCAUGGAAUUACCUGAUAAACCCAUAAAUCUACCACCAUUUGUGGAACCAUCCCACUGCCAUUCUUACUACCUAACACACAGAGGUAAAGCUGCGGUUGACAGAAUUGUUUCUGUACUUGGAUAUGCUUAUCCAGAUAUUGUGUACAGCCCAACCAUAUAUUCUAUAUGCGCACUGCUGCUGCACUAUAUUUCAGAGGAGGAGUGUUAUAACUGUAUGGUUUGUCUUGUUGUUUGUAAGGAAAAAACUUUCAUCACCCAAACGAAACUACUAUACGAAGUGACAUGGAAGACAGUGAUGCAGAUCAGUAAAAAACAUGUGGUAGGUGCACUCAGGCGCCGAGAAAACUGGAGAAACUCUAUGUUUUGUUUCCUGUUUUGGUUGCAGAAGGGACCUGCUGUGUUUCUGCAGAGACACUGCAACAGUGCCCGGGCAGAAAGAAUUUACAUGGAUUGGAUAUGGUGGAUAUUUCAAGGGUUGCCUUUUCAACAUCUCAUACGUAUAAUGGAUUGCUUCUUUCAUGAAGGAAUAAAGGUGUUCUAUAGAACAGCUAUGGCUAUACUCAUUCUUUUCUACAAAAGCACCACCAACCCAUCUAGUGAAUAUCAAGUAGAAAUUCAAAAGAACGGCGUGGAGAGUGCUCUCCUCAAGUUCUGCAAGGAAAUACCUGUAACCCCACAGAAGUUUCUCAAAGUGGCCUUCGGAAUAAGAGGAUUGAGCUCAGCCUAUAUUUCUCGAGUUUUCAUUAGGACAGAGAUGGUGCUGAAGAGUAAGACUGUGAUUAGUGGAUCCAGGCAACUAGUCAGGUCUAGAUCGAGCGAAAAUCUGCCGAAUAGUCAGAGUCAGAAUAACAUUCAGAUGGUGUCCCAUACAUUGACGAUCAGGGAGGGAGCUCAUUCGCCAGGUCCACGUACUCUGUCCAUGGGAAUUUAUCCUGUGCAGAAUGUGGAAUCUGUUAUACUCGCCCAGGAAGAUCUUCUAACACUGUGGUCUUGGCUGCCGGUUCGCAUCACCAUGUACACCCCCAUCUUGCUGUAUACCACAGAGGAACACGGAUGCUCUUUAACCACAUUUUAUGUGAGGGUUGAACAGCACGAGCCUACCCUGCUGCUUAUUAAGACGUGCAACAACGAAGUUUUUGGUGCUUAUUGCUCUUCGAGAUGGUGCGAACGGAAUCAGAAGGAUCAACGAGGUAACAGACAAGCCUAUUUCGGCACAGGAGAAACCUUCUUAUUUUCACUCUACCCUGAACGUGCCAAAUACCCAUGGGUGGGUAUUGAUGCCGACAGGGUUGAACAUGGUGCUGAGCUUUUCAUGGCCGCUGAUACCAAAAUGAUAACCAUUGGCGGAGGAGAGGGGCAAGCAAUCUGGAUGGACGAGAAUAUUCGGUUUGGUAAAACAGAUCGCUGUACGACCUUCAAUAAUCCACCACUAUGUCCCAAAGGCGACUUCGAGAUACGAGUAUUGGAAGUUUAUGGGUUUGCUACGGAACAAUAAGAUCAUACACCAUUUUGUUCGAAUCUUAUUUAUUUUCUUGUUAUUUCCACUCCUCUUAAAAUUUGACAAAAUGUACCUGGACUUGUAAUUCGACGUUUUCAUUCCAGUGAUAGGCGAAUUUCCAGAGAUUUGUUUUCAACAAAUUUUUUUUAUUCAUCGUUUUUCUGAAGAAUAGCAGCUUGAAUUGAAAAAAAAAUUGUGUAGCUCUGGUAGUUGCUUUAAAUUUGUGAAACAAGAGUGAUAUACUUUUAUUUAGAAUUCUAAUGACGAGAGAAACAUGAAAUCGAAUUGACUGAAUCUAUCUUCCAUAAAUUCAUAGUACUCGAUACGAAAUGAAGAGUUCUACCCUAAUUUGGAUAAUAACAACUCUUUUUUAAUGUGUUGAAUGGCAGACCAUUUGGAGAAAUUAAAUUUUCUUCUAUUUUGUACCUAGUCAAUAUUAUAACUAUGCAAUAAAAUUGUAAUAGAAAAAUAUGCGUAAUAUUCAUGAGAUAUUUUUGAUUCUUCAUUGUUGUGGAAAAUCGAAUUUUUAUUGAGAUUUCCGAAAUUAUUGCUUAAUCGAGUAUUAUUAUUACUUUUUUAAUCCUGAGUUAUUAACUCACUACGGCGAAUGAAUUGAAUAGCAAUAUACAUUUUUUGUUAUUAGAUUUUUAAAGUAUAGUCUUGUUUUAAUUGUCAAUUGAAAUCUCUGGAGAAUCGGCUGUUGUGCUUGAGCAAUCAUUGUCAUUAAAAGCGUGAUUAUUCGUGUGAAUGACGAAAGUACUAGAUUUCUAGUCGUAGUAGUGUAUUAUUAUUGUUAGUUGUUAUAAAUGUGUAUAAAAUCAAACUAGUGCAAUAUUUUAUUUAUUGUAUUCAAUUACAAACAUGUAUAUAUUAGUUAACGGUUAUUGUUAAUUUUAUUUCAUAUAUUUUAACUGAACUACUUAAGUGAAACAAUGUGCCACAAAGUAGUUUUCAAGUUUACAUUCAUUGACAUUGCAAAGAUUUAACAGUUCAUUGUGACUAGAAUAUCAAUUUUGAUUUAUUGUCAAAUUUUAAUUUUAAGUUGACCUGUGACUAAUUCUAAUCAAACCUUUUUUAUUCUAUUUUUUAUAAUUGAACCUCAUUAGAUGUGUUCUUAUCAAUAUUAUAUAAAUACUAUGACUUGGUGUUGAAAGUUUUAAAAUUUUAGAACAUAUCACGUCAUAUUUAUUUCAAGAAUAUUCCCAAAAUAUGUAGCUUUGAGCUUAUUGCUUGUAAAUGUAUUUCCUGAUGUUUUUCAUGUUAAAAUGAAAUAGAUCGUUUACUAUAGA